CUUCUUUUCUUCCUUUUUUUUUUCUUUUUUUACUUUCACUCACUCCGUUCCUUAUCAUUCAUUCCUUAUCUACAUGACUACCAAAGUCAUUUCACCUUCUCCAUCUCUAUCCAUAGAUGCUCCUCAACAAAAUGAACACCUUUGGAAGAUUAUUGAAAAACAAAGGUCCAUUAUUCAAGAACUUCAAUUGAACUUGGCAAAAGUAACAGAAGAAAGAGAUCUCUUAUUGAAACAAACUGCUCAGCCUGCUUCUCCUCAAUCAAGUCCUUCUGCUAUUGAUAUUUAUUCACGUCGUCCUCUUCCUGUAGAACCUUCUCCUUCUCCUGAAACUACUACCGCUGUUACUACCAAUGAUACUACUGAUACUGCGACUAUUACUGAUACAACCACUUCUACGACCCCUAUAACAAACCCUACGCGAAACAAUACAACUACUCCUUCACCAUUUGACCUCAUGUUCUCUUCCGAUGAACCUAUGCAUGCUUCCCCUGGCAAAAAGAAUAACGACCUGUCUCAUAUUCUGGAUCCAACUGAAGAUAUCGACGGUGACUGCAGCGAAGAUGAAGAUAUCGACACAAAAAGAAAAAAUUCUGCUAUGGAUGAAAAGGAUAUUAUGCUAUACACAAAGUAUCAUGAAGCUGUAAGAAGUCGCCAUACCUCUCAACCAUACCAAACGGAAUCUUCUAUGAUUACCCAUUCACCCUUACCUCCUCCACCUCAACGACAUGGUGCUUUUGCUCAACGUCAACAUUCAGCUCCUACCAUUCCAUCUGCUAGUCAACCUCCUACUAGUGCGUUUUUAACCGGAAGUGUUUCUUCCUCCAAGUCAAUCACUGCUACACCUAUCACUGCAACACCUUCCUCUCUAUCAGGUCAACAACAACAACAACAACCUUCUUAUACUCUUCAAAAGUUUAUGGAUGAAGAUCAAUCAACUUCUAUCACUAGUUACGGUGAUCAUGCGAGUCAAGUCCAUUCUUCUACUGUUGCUACACGUUCUACCAGUCAAGACAUGGUGCGGUACGAAGAUGGUUAUUAUGAUCCCUCUUUGGAAGAUGAAUCUGGGCAAACUACUGGUUCUGCUUUACCAGCAUCACCUGGAACACCACACUCAAGUGAUCAACCUUCUACACCUUCGACACCUGUACCUAUGCUUACUGAUAUCACCAUCCAAGUCCUUAGCUCUAACAUGACCACUAAUGAAAAAGGAAAAGAAAUCUUCUCUUUCACUAUUGCUAUUGGUAAAAUUUCACCUUCUUUGCCUCAUGGAAUGGAAGAACUCUGGCGAUCUGAAAAACUACUCUCUGACUUUGUCACUUUGGAUCAUAUGAUCAAAACGAAGAAUCCAGCCUUAGCUUCAAGUUUAUGCCGUUUACCUGACAAAUCUUUGUUUAUAUCAAAAGCUCCAAGCAAAGUGGACGAAAGAAAGCAUGUCAUACAAGUCUAUCUUCAACAUGUGCUUACCUUACCUUUGACUGAUAUGUCAGAUCUAUGUGAAUUCUUGAGCACUAACGUAUUGGAACAACGAACUGGUCCUCCUAAGAAAAAGGUUGGUUACUUGACAAAACGUGGAAAGAACUUUGGUGGUUGGAAAAUGAGAUUCUUCGUUUUAGAUGGGCCUACUGUCAACUACUUUGAAAACAAAGGUGGGCAAUAUCUUGGUACUAUCAAUCUAUCAAGGGCACAAAUUGGAAGACAAGUGGUACAAUCUGGAUCUGGGGAUGCUUUCCGUCACGCAUUUUUGAUUUUGGAACCCAAAAAAUCUGCACCUAAUGGCAUUCAUCGACAUGUAUUAUGUGCUGAUUCUGACUUGGAAAGGGAUCAAUGGGUAGAAGCUAUGAGUCAAUAUAUCAACUAUGAUGAUUUUGGUCAACCUCCACCUUCUACGCCCACUACUGAUUAUCGACAGCAAUUGAACAAGUAUUUGCGACGAACAAGAUCUGAUACUGGCAAUUUCAAAAAGAAUCGAAAGAACUCUGCACAACGACAUGUACGACAACGAUCUAGUUUGGAUGGAGCAGAUUUGAUGCAACACCAUGGAAUGGAUGAUGAAAAGAAACAAAAUAAUAAAUCUCGACCUUUUUGGGGGAAGAAAAAGCUCAAUAAUAAUGACAAUAAUUUACCAUCACUACAAGGUGGAUUAUCUGCUGAUCAAGCAACUGCGAUGAUGAAUUCAGUCGGUUUUAUGGAUCUUUCAGAUAACAAGCCUGUGAACUAUGGACCCAAUCAAGUUUUUGGUAUUCCUUUAGAAGACGCUGUUCAAGUAUGUCGUAUCUCUCAUGAUUAUGAAUUACCUGCUGUGGUGUAUCGAUGUAUUGAAUAUUUAGAAGCCAAGGAUGCUGCUCAAGAAGAAGGUAUUUAUCGUCUUAGCGGAAGUGCUGCCAAGAUUCGAAAAUUGAAAGAAAAAUUCAAUCAAGAAGGAGAUGUUUUAUUAUUGGAAUUAGAAGAAUACAAUCAUGAAGUACAUGCUAUUGCUGGAUUACUGAAGAUGUGGCUUCGUGAAUUACCUGGUAGUGUCUUGACAAUGGAAUUACUGAAUGAAUUUCUUCAAGUGGCUGACAUUGAAGAUCGUGAACGACGUACUACUGAAUUGGGACGACUUGUAUCAUUGUUACCUAUCUGCAACUAUACCUUACUCCGUACUUUAUCUGCACAUCUGAUUCGAAUUGUCCAAAAUGCUGGAGUGAACAAGAUGACACUUCGUAACCUUGGUAUUGUAUUUUCAGCCACAUUGGGUAUUCCUGCCGUGAUCUUCAAUCUAUUUUUAUCCGAAUUUGAUUAUGUAUUUUGGACAAAGGGAUCCAAUGAUCAAUCCGUCUUACCACCUCCCUCUUCUAAUGCCAGUUCUUCAACAACCUCUCAUCAACAACAACAACAACAAACAACAACAACAACAACUACUACU